UCUCGCCCUUUCUCCCUCUAGAGCACUACGCGUUCUCUUCUCUCUCCUCUGGAUGGAGCACUCAGCUCGCCGAGCUUCACUUUCUCUCUCCUCAGAGACUUUGCUCGUUUAUUUAUUCCUUCUCCCCGGCCGGCUCUCACUCAUCGCCCAUCCAUCCCAUCUCUCAUCCAUCAAUCCGCUUCGGCUUCUCUCUCUCUCUAGUCUCUUCCGGUCCAAGUCCUAGGAAUAACACAGCGCAACAACUCGCACCACCACCACCACUACCAGCUGCGCAGUAGCUACCAGCUGCUCGCUCACGCUCAGCAGCGUGCUGCGGCUUGGCUUGGGCGGCUCUCUUCGAUCUGCGACUCGAGGAGGCGUGAGGGCGUCGCAAGAACGAAGCGGCGGCACCCAGCGCCCGAUCGAUCGAGCACGCAUCAUGUUCCCGGCGGCCGAGGUGUCGGCGCUCGCGGCGGGGCGGCAGGGCGAGCGCGGCGUGCUGCCGAUGCUGCCGCCCUUCUUCAUGGGCUCCAUCUGGCCCACGGCCGCCGACGGCGCUGGCGCUGGCGCCGCCGACUCCGAGGAGGACGAGGCCGCCGCGGCGGCUGCGGCGGCCGCCGCCCACGACCGCGCGCUCGCCGCGUCGCGCAACCACCGCGAGGCCGAGAAGCGCCGGCGCGAGCGGAUCAAGUCGCACCUCGACCGCCUCCGAAACGUCCUCUCCUGCGACCCCAAGAUAGACAAGGCGUCGCUGCUGGCGAAGGCAGUGGAGAGGGUGCGGGACCUGAAGCAGCGGGUGGCCGGAGUCGGGGAGGCGGCGCCGGCGCACCUGUUCCCCACGGAGCACGACGAGAUCGUGGUGCUCGCGUCGGGCGGCGGCGCCGUGUUCGAGGCCUCGGUCUGCUGCGACGACCGCUCCGACCUCCUGCCGGAGCUCAUCGAGACGCUGCGCGCGCUCCGCCUCCGCACGCUCCGCGCCGAGAUGGCCACCCUCGGCGGCCGCGUCCGCAACGUGCUCGUCCUGGCGCGCAACGUCGACGGCGGCGGCGUUGCGGGAGACGAUGACGGGUAUGGCCGCACUGACUCGGCGGACUCCGUUGAGAGCAACGGCGGCGGCGACUUCAUCAAGGAGGCCCUGAGGGCUCUGGUGGAGAGGCCGGGAGCUGGAGGCGGCGACCGACCAAAGAGGCGACGUGUCUCGGACACGAACAUGCAAGCGGCAGCCUAGCACGCCGGCGGCCGGCCGGCCGGCUGAUGAUCAUUCGGCCAUAGCUCGAUCAAAUAGCUAAUUGCAUGCUCAUGUCAUGGUACUAGCUCCAUCUCCAUGUUUAGUUUUGUGUGCUUGUGCUAAUAUAAUGAGUUGCUAGGUCUCUUCUUCUCCCUCAUGCAUGCAUGGCUCUUCUUGAGAUGCCAUUAGGAAGAAAAAAAAUACUAGCUAGUAUGGUGGUACUGCUAGGGUUUGCUUGAGCUUGAGAAUCAAUGUUGUUCCAAAGCCAUUGCAAACCCAGCCCAUGAAUAACAAGAGUAGUGAUCAGGCAGCACAAAUAUAAUGCAAAACUGCAGGACUUGCUUGUUAGUUGUUACCUACCCAACAAGUAGUUAUUAAGCACAAUAUAUAUAUUUUGGAAGCUUAAUAAUAAGAUCACAAGUUUCUUUUUCCAUUCACAAUCAAGUUCAAGCAACAUCUGCACAUGUCCAUUUUUGCAUUCUGGAUCAGGUUGUGCAGCUAUAUAUCCAAGCAUGCCAAAAGUCCUGUUCACCAUUCAAGAUGUUUGUACGAAACUCAUUCAAGCUCUAGCCUCUAGAUAGCUUCAUGCCUCACUACUCUUGUGACUGGAACACUGGAACUUGGAAUGGAUGAUCUGGAGGGUGCAUGUCAUGUCUGAAUGGUGAAGAUGGGAGGAGCCAGGAGCAGCCAAUGAUUGCUUGUGGGUGCAGGGCACAGUGAGGCAUCAUGCAGUGAGCGCUCUCAUGACAGUACAUGCAUGCAUGCAUGGCGCCUUGCAUGCUAAUAUAUGCUAGGAGAUGGAUGAUGUGGAGGAGUUAGUUGUAUAUGCUGCCACUGUGUGUGUCUGGGGAAAGGGGGAAAUUGAAGAAGGUGGUGAGCUUUUGUUU